AGAAAACAAGUCCACCCCCGAGGCGAUACAGAUAUUGGGUAUGCGCAAAUAGGUUUCCAGUCCCCCUCCAUAUGGGCAUUUAAUUGUAAGUAGUUUUGUUGAUUUCAGACAUGGAGUUCCGAUCCGACACUAGUCCGAAUGACCUGGUCUUUCCUUUGAAAUUGCAGCAGAGUAAAGGUAAUUUUGCGAGAUGACGCAAGUGUAAACGUGGAACUACUGCGACUUCGGCGUGUCUGCGUAACUCCCUGCCUUUCCCAAUACCGAAAGUAUAAGUAAAAUGAACUAGCAUGGCACGACCUGAAGAAUCCGGAGCCGAGAGAGCAUUUGUUGGAGCCACAUAAAGUUCCUCUUCGUGAGACCGCGAGUUCUUUUUGGAGCCACAUAAAGCUAGGAGCAAGGAGCAGCAGCAUGCGCACACCAUGCGGAACAAAGGCACGACUGGAACAAAGGCACAAGAGGGUUUAAAUCCCAUAUGGAAGCUUCAGGAGUUUGUGGGUCACCACAGUGCAGUGACAUGUUGCCGCUUAGGGUCAAAAUCCGGUCAACUGCUGGCGACUGGGGCAGAGGACAAACGCGUCAAUGUAUGGCAAGUUGGGAAUCCACAACCACUUGUCACGCUAACAGGUACUCUUAUUUGUUUUGUUAGGGUUGUACUCUUUGUGCUCUGCUAGUUUUUGAGCACUGUAAUGGAGGUAAUAAGUAUCGUCUUUCACAUCGAAUGAGGUAAUAUCGUCAAGAGCAUGUAGUUGUUUUCCGUUAAUCUAUUCGGAACAAGAUUGUAGUUUUAAAGCACUGAUGGAGGAAAUAUCGUCUUUCACAUCGAAGAUGCCCUUGUUCAAGAGCAUGUUUUUCGUUAAGCUAUUCGGAACAAGGCAAAGUCCUCUAGCAAGCAUUGCCCAAACAUCCCCUGACAGGCCAUGCUUCAGCACCGCAAUGUUUGGUGUUCGACCAAGCAGAGGAGAGUUUGGUCGUCGGUUGUGCAGGAGGAGCCCUCCAGGUCUGGAACUUGGAUCAAAAAAAGACCCAUGCAACCUUCACUGGUCACCGGACUAGCUGUGAGUGUACUACCACUUUGCUCAGUAGGAGUUGUACGUAAACUUUCGUAUCAUGUAAACGAAUAUUUUCCAUUGGCUAUACCCUAUAUCAAUUUCACAAACACAAUCCAUGCCAGGUGUAGAAUUCCAUCCGUAUGGUGAUUUUUUUGCUUCCGGCAGCCUCGAUACCAACAUGAAGAUAUGGGAUAUGAGAAGAAAAAGCUGCAUUCAGACCUAUAAGUAUGAAAUGGAUGAAAUGCUAGCACCAGUAUUGCAUUUAUUGCAGUUUCAAACGGAGCAAGAGCAACGAACUAUCUGCGUAAGUACGUUCUUAGUUGUUCUCGUCACCGCACAAACACUGCAAUGCUGCUAAUAUCUUCCUCUCAUAUCCAAGGACACACUGCGGGCAUCACAUGCGUGCGCUUCAGUCCACAUGGUCGUUGGGUCGCGACUGCAGGACAGGAUGCUACAGUAAAAUUGUGGGACUUGACGGCAGGAAAGUUGAUGCGCGAAUUCACUUUGCAUAAGGGUGCAAUUACGAGUAUGGACUUUCAUCCGGAUGAUUUCUUGCUCGCGACUGCGUCAACAGAUAGGACAGCGAAGUUGUGGAACUUAGAAACGUUCAAAGCGGUGGGAGGAACGGACAUUGGAUCGAGUGCUGUGCAGGUUUCAAUUUCUACAAUGUCUCGUCAGGUAAAAAAUUGAAGAGUAUUUUUCAUCCAUUCUGAUUUGGUGUUGUAUCGUGAGCAAGGACCAUGACCAGACCGACGGAGAAUGACCAUCCCGACCAUCCUCGUAAUUACCUUUCAUUUCUCUGCAUACUUGGUAAGAACAUUUGCAUUUCAGAUAGUGAAGUUUUACCCGGAGAAAAAGUCGCUGCUUGCUGCCGCCGCAGAUCAGCUUCGUGCGUACCAGAUAUCGAACUUGCAGACAUCACCGGAAGUUUUCGAUACAGAGUGGGGGUCUCAGUUGCGCGAUCUCCAAAUGACUAGUCAGAACAAAGUGCUGGCUAUCUCGAGUGACCAGUCGCUCGUAAGCGUGUGGGUGGGAAGCUUGAAGAGCAAGGUAUCACCAGCCCGAACAGCUGCCGAAGGCACAGCUGCAGCUACAAGUUCUGAAGCAAAAACGGCUUCUAAAACAGGGGGUAGUGGGGCCGCUUCUUCUGGUGCCAAGGGAGUACUUUCCAAAGCUGUUUCAGAGUCGGGUUCUAGCCAAGCUUCAAGGGAACAAUUGCCACGGCUGAAGGCAGCUACUGACACGGGCUUGCGUCGUGGUGCUGACGGAGAACUAUUGAUUCCACUGACCAAAAAUCCAAAUCAGCCUGCUGGUGGUGGACCGACCCAGGUUUCUGCCUCUUCAGGAGGUGCUACAUCUUCUUCCUCUGCUGCAUUUUCGUCUUCUUCUUCCGGAGGAGGAGGAGAGCACUCUGGCGGUGGAGGUGGGCUUGUGAUGCAUGCUGGUGGAGGAAGUUCUGCGUCAUCCGCUUUUUUGACAAGAAAAACAAGCGAUAUUAGACCUAGUGCUGGCAAUAAACGCGCUAGCUCACUGACGCAACCUCACCACGGCGGACAAGAACUAGUACAAGGUAGUUCUUCACAACAGAACAUGAUGAAUCCUCGCUCAACUAGUUCUCCUACAAAUAAUCAUUGUGGCUCCUUAACCUCCUCUACUCUAGAUGAACAAGUUGGAGGCGCUACGUCUUCUUCUUCUCCUUAUACUAACGACGUUAAUUUUGAGCCCCACCAGCAACAGAGUAAGAGACGUUCUGUGUCAGAUGAUUUGGCAGAUUUAGUGCCUCCAGACGUCGGCCGCAAGCGUGGAGGCGACAGCGACUUGGUGCCGAUACCCGGAACCGGGGAUGCGGAGUCCUAUUAUCGGAGUCUAGGCAUUGACGUCACUUCCCCUGCAAAAUUAGAAGCCAUGAAUGCAGCGAAUAGAAGUAAUAGCGGUUCUCAAGUCAUGUUAAACAGCGCACCGCCAAACAGAAGACCAGGUUCCGGACGAAGAGAGGACAAUGAGAAUGAGGGUGGUUCAAGCUCUUCAACAUCACCCAACAAAUUUCAUCCAACGAACCCUUCUAGUAGCACAACAGGAGGUCAACAACCGAGGAGUAUAAGCAGUGGUCGCCAUUCUGCACCUCUGUUACACAUCAACAAUAGUUCUAUAACAGGUUCUGCUGGUGGAGGUGGUGGCGCACUAUCUUCCAGUGAGAACCAGUCCAAUGCCAACUACGGACGUCAUUCCCCAGGCUACAACGAACGAGACUUUUUCGGAGAGUCGCCACCUAAGAUAAACAAUCUUACACCACUUCAGGAAAGAGGGAAGAGGACCUCUGCGCCUGGGCGACCGCCAGACUCUUCUAGCGGUAAAACUUCCGUGUCGCCUCCUAAACUAUUUUCAUCAGAUGCAAAAGCAAAUGAGAAGAUAUCCAUAUCAGACAAGAUAGCAACAAGAGAACCUGCUCCUCUACUAUCCGCGCCGCCUGUAAUCAACGUCGUCGAACCUCCAGCAGCUCCGGACACCCUGGCUACCAAAGGCAAUGCACCUCCUCCUGCACCCUCUACGUCUGGAUCCGCGUCUACGUCGUCCAACAAGACGAUCGCAAUGCCUUUCGCUGAUUACCUGGCUAAGGUGAAGAUACCUAAGAGGCUGCUGCAAGAUGGAGGGGAUGAUCUCUUUUCGACGUCUACGUCUGCGCGCGAUGAAGAUUCGUCUACGAGUUGCCCCUUGACAACCACCAGUGGAGGUCCUGAAGGAGAUGAACAGAGUAUUGUCGAAACGACGACGAGUUCAGAUGUCGCUGUAGCACGUACUGCUCGCCACGUCAUUGCUGGACCUGGAGCUGCAGGACGAAAUUCCAGUACAGGAGGAUCCUGUAGUGAUGAGCCACGAGCUUCAUCUUCAUCCAGUUCUAGUAGAGGGAUAUCUAGUUCUGGGGUAACAUCAGCAGCGCCUCUAGGAGUACCACUUGAACCCAGUAGCCUAAUUAUCAGUGAUGGAGUCAGGCCAAACGGACGUGUAUCCGAUGCAAAUGCUUUGGAACGAGGUGACAGUCCCCAACCCGAGCCAGGUGCUGUGCGGAAGACUAGAAUGUUGUUUGAACCAUCCUCACAAGGUAGUUCCCAACAAGGACAUUCAGCACAGGCAACUACUAGCAACAUGACCAACAUGAUGAUGUCACCGCCUAAGCGAAACCAAAAUGCUUCAAAUAUGCACACAGACGCGGCUUCUAAUAGAGAGAGUUAUACUCCAGAAUGGCAGUUUGUUGGUGAUCCAGAGCCAAGAGAUGGCGGACCUGGAUUGGAGGAUCUCUUAAGGAAACAGGAGAACAAGGAUAACGCUCAGAAGCCCAAACGGAAAGCUCGCGGUGCGGUCGCAGGUAUCAUCGACCAGCAUCGGACAUCAAAUCACAUAUUUUCGACUACUGGCGGUGGUGCGGGAAGUGCUGGUAACAAACCACAGACAGUGGUAGGACAACGACCACAGACAGCAGAAAAGGAACUACCAGGUACUUGUUAAUACUUUGAAUUCGAUUUUGAGAAUUGGUGUACCUGCUCAGCCUCAGAUGAAAUUCAGUGUGAAUUUCUUUUCAGACGGUAAACGAGCGUUGACUUCAUUGAAGAUCACGACCACAAAAAACACAAUCAGGUGUCAGUACCACCGUGAUGCACGACAGCCGCGUAUCAGGAGCUGCUACAACGGAAGACGUUUCCCCACCUGUUGGUGUUACGAGGAACAAAAACGGGGCAAACGCGACACCAGCCUCUAGCACUUUAUUCCCUCCAAGUGGAGGCUCUUCUGGAUCACGACCGGGUUCUUCUGGUGGUCGCCCGGGUUCGUCUGGAGGUCGAAGACGGAAUCAACCGGACGAUCCUGUAGUUGUUGUACGACCCAGUAAUGCUGGAGCAGUACUACCUGUACCGGGAACAACAUCAAACAGUAGAAGUAGCUCUUCUUCAGCCUUGCCAGCAGCGUCACUUUUUACCAAUAACGGAGGUGGUACAGCAACUGGAGCUUCUUCUUCAUCUUCAACAACUACACACCAAAUAAAUACUCGUGGAGCAGGUAGAAGUAGUAGUCGUGAUCAUUCCACAGCUGCAGCUUCUUCAUCUUCCGGCUUUUCAUCCACCUGUGAUGCUCUUGGCCAGCAACACCAUGACAUUGUUCUGUGCUACAAGAGGAGGUUGGAGCAAAGUAGUCGGGUACUGUCCCUCUGGCAUAACGGCCGACUGCCAGAAGUGAUCGACCUCCUAGCGUCAAGUCGCGGAUGUGAUGGGGCUACUUUUUGCGAUUUUAUUCGAGCACUGUUGAGAAAUAGACACGCGAAAUGCCUCAAUCUGGCGGCUUGUGCGCGACUUUUACCGUGCGCAAGAGAGACGCUUUUAGACUCGAAAUACGAAGACUUCGCGAAAGUCGGAACCGCUUUUGUGCAAGCAAUGUUAGCGCACUUUGGAGCGGUACUCCCUUAGACUAUCCAUCUAUCAAUACGUCAAGACCUCAACCUCUCCUCUAGAUCUCUCGCAUUGAAUUUUCUUCAAUUGGCUCCUUGGCAUUCAACCUCAAACUCUUCUACGAUGUAUGAUAUGUGUCUUCACCUUAACUUUCUCUCCAGGUAAUCGUUGACACACAGCGCAAAUCAACGCAGAUGGGUCGAGAGAGACUGGAUAUAGCCGGAGAAGAUAGACUCGAGAAAGUACGAGAAUGCCUUAGGGAAUUCUCCAAUAUCCGUGGUUGCAAAGGGGUAUCCUCUGCGUUGCGCUCAACACUGGACGAUUUCCUCCUGAGAGCAGGAGGAAACUGAAAUGCCUACAAUUUGAAUUUUUUACAGCAUUCGUUAUCGUUAUUAACAUCUUCGUUCUGAUCUAAAUCAGCAAGAACUUUUCCUAAAACCGAAUCAGUCGAAUUAUUACUCUAUUUUGGCAAUAUGCGCUCUCUUCCGAUUAUUUGUAUUUGUUUUCACUGCCUCCAUGAUUGAGGACACCCAGUAUGAUUUCACUUUAAUGUUGAAGCAAAUUUUCAACCCCUUCUUGUUAGUCUGAGCAUGCUGAAAUGGUCGACGUUGGAGAGACAGGACCAUGGGAGCCGUUAUUUUAAAACGAAAUGGAAGAAAGCUAGCUACAAAUGCGCAACAAAAUAAAGAAUAGACCGCAAUACGG